UUUUGAGAAGGAAAAGGGGGUGAGCGUCGAACUUGGAGCUGGACAGAAAGUACAGGAGGAGAUAAAAAUCUGAUCAGUCCCAGUAUAGUUUUCAAACUGCUCUAAAUAUCAUUUAAAGCGGAGUAUCGGUAUUACAUCUGCACAUUUUCUGUGGAAUACUCAAAUAUGGCUAACUUUAAAUAAUUUUCCAGUCGUUUUGUUCUGCUCGAGGUUUUAUGCCUCAUUUCUUUCCUUUUUAAAAAUGUUUAUCCAGUAAUGUACCAGCUGUAUAAAAACCAUUAGCAUUUUUUCUUGGGCGGGACUGAAGACUUUUGCUCCUAUUGGAGAGAAGUUUUGUCCAUAAGAGCGGGGGAACGGAGAAGCCUGUUGGAUUGGGAAGAGAACCACUUCAUUAGAAACGCCUUAUUGUACUUUUUAAAGUGGCGUACUACAGUCCGUACACUUAAAGAAGAGAACCUGAGCAAUAGCAGUAUGUUGCGCGGAAGGUUGCAGACUUUAGCUCUGGGACUCGCCGCUGUCUUGUCGCUGACUGUCACUGCUGCAGAUGGCUCCGCGGCAGACGGUGACAUCGACAAGGAAGUUGUACCGAGAGCAAACCGGGCUAAGAGGAGAGGUGGAGGUCAAGAAGUGCUGAAGGGGCCCAACGUGUGUGGAUCCCGUUUCAAUGCCUACUGCUGCCCCGGAUGGAAGACCCUUCCUGGAGGAAACCAGUGCAUUGUCCCAAUCUGCCGUAGCUCCUGCGGGGAUGGAUUUUGUUCCAGACCCAAUAUGUGCACCUGCCCGAAUGGACUGGUCGCUCCAUCCUGUGGUUCAAAGUCAGUCCAGCACUGUAGCACUCGCUGCAUGAAUGGAGGCAGCUGUGAGGAGGACCACUGCCGGUGUCAGAACGGCUUCUCUGGGGCAAACUGUGGCCAGCCGGUGUGUGAAAUGGGAUGUUUGAACGGGGGGAGGUGUAUCGCCCCAAACCGCUGUGCCUGCACCUAUGGCUUCACUGGGACCCAGUGUGAGAGAGAUUACCGGACUGGGCCCUGCUUUUCCACCGUCAGUAACCUGAUGUGCCAGGGCCAGCUGACGGGCAUCGUGUGCACCAAGACACUGUGCUGUGCCACUGUGGGGCGCGCCUGGGGCCACCCCUGUGAGAUGUGCCCCACCCAGCCCCGCCCCUGUCGCCGUGGUUUUAUUCCAAACCACCAAACGGGAGCUUGUCAAGAUGUGGACGAGUGCCAGGCCAUUCCUGGACUGUGCCGGGGAGGGAACUGCAUCAACACCAUCGGCUCCUUUGAGUGCAAGUGCCCUGCAGGACACAGGUUCAGCGAUGUCACUCAGAAAUGUGAAGAUAUCGACGAGUGCACCGCCAUCCCUGGGGUCUGCAUUGUGGGCGAGUGUGCCAACACUGCCGGGAGUUACUUCUGCAAGUGUCCCCAGGGGUACUACACCCCUGUCGAUGGUUCCAGAUGCAUAGAUGCGCGCAGCGGCUACUGCUACUCCAGCCUGCUGAAUGGCCGCUGUGCCAACCAGAACUCCCAGCUCCUCACUAAGAUGCAGUGCUGCUGCGACAGUGGAAGGUGCUGGUCCUACGGGAUCGCCCCCGAGAUAUGCCCUGCCCGGGGAACAGAGGAACACCACAGGCUGUGCUCUCAGGUCCAGAUUGUUGUACCUGGGCUGCCAGAUGGCCCUGGGUUCCCAGGUCCAGGACCGGGUCCAAUUCCAGGUCCAGGUCCAAUUCCAGGUCCAGGUCCGGGUCCGGGUAUAGGUCCUUAUCCACAGCCAGGGCCAACUUGGCCAGAAUUACCCCAACCUUCAAUUGUUCUGCCCCGGAACAUCACCACCAUGUGCGAGGCCUACAGGAACCUGUGCUUGAAUGGCCGUUGCAUCCCCAUUCCUGGGAGCUAUCGCUGCGAGUGUAACAUGGGCUACAAGCUGGACUUGAGGGGGGAGUGCAUCGAUGAGAUUGAGUGUGAUAGGAACCCCUGUAAGCACGGGGAGUGUGUGAACACUGCUGGCUCCUACUUCUGCCACUGCCCACCCGGCUUCCAGAGCACUGCCACCAGGACAGAGUGCCGAGAUCUGGACGAGUGUGUGGCGAACGGGCGAAUCUGCAACAACGGCCGCUGUGUCAACACGGAGGGCAGCUUCCACUGCGUCUGCAACGCCGGCUUCGAGGUCACCGCCGACGGCAAGAACUGCCAAGAUCAGGACGAGUGCCGCAACAGUAAUAUGUGUAUGAACGGCAUGUGCAUCAACGAGGACGGCAGCUUCAAGUGCAUCUGCAAGCUGGGUUAUCGCCUGGACCGCACUGGCCGAUUCUGCAUAGACAUUGACGAGUGUGAAACUCAGGGAAUGUGCAUGAACGGCCACUGUGUCAACACGGACGGCUCCUUCAGGUGCGACUGCAUGGCCGGCCUGGCCGUGGGAUUGGACGGGCGAGUCUGUGUGGACACCCACAUGCGCAGCACGUGUUACGGAGGCUACAAGCGGGGCCAGUGUGUGAAGCCCCUCUUCGGUGCUGUCACCAAGUCGGAGUGUUGCUGCGCCAGUGCGGAGUUUGCGUUUGGGGAACCAUGUCGACCGUGCCCAUCCCUGAGUUCAGCUGAAUACUCCGCUCUCUGCAGCCAUGGACCAGGAACCACUAGUGAUGGCCGAGAUAUAAAUGAGUGUGCUCUGGAUCCAGACAUAUGUCAGAAUGGAGUUUGUGAGAACAUGCUGAGGGGCUACAGGUGCAACUGUAACCUGGGCUUUGAGGUGGACUCGUCAGGCCAGCACUGCAGGGAUAUUGAUGAGUGUGCUGCUAACAGUCUCCUGUGCGAUAAAGGCCAGUGUAGGAACACACCAGGCAGCUUUACCUGCCACUGUCCCAAGGGCUACAGGUUCGACUCAGAGACCGACGUGUGUGAAGAUAUUGAUGAGUGUGAGUCAAACCCCUGUGUGAACGGGCAGUGCAGGAACAACCAGGGGUCCUUCUUCUGCCAGUGCCCUUUAGGCAGCACCACGGACAGCUCUGGAACCCAGUGUGUGGAAACGACCAAAGGGACGUGCUGGCUGAGGCACAUUGACGGGAGGUGUGAGGUGAAUAUUAACGGGGCCACGCUAAAGUCACACUGCUGCGCCACGCUGGGGGAAGCCUGGGGCAGCCCCUGUUCCCCCUGUACCAAAGAUCCUGUUUGCGCCAAAGGGUAUGCCCGAGUCAGAGGGACAGUCUGCGAAGAUGUAAAUGAAUGUGAGGUGUUUCCGGGAGUUUGCAUCAAUGCGAAGUGUGUGAACACCGAAGGCUCCUUUAUCUGCCAGUGUCCCAGUGGCAUGACUGUGGACUCCACUGGCAGAACUUGCAUUGACCUGCGCUCUGAGCAGUGUUAUCUGACUCAUGCGGAUGAGCGUUGUGGGGCUCCCAUCCCGGGGAGGCACCGUGUCGAUGCGUGCUGCUGCUCAGUGGGCGUGGCCUGGGGGACAGAGUGUGAUGAGUGCCCGCAGAAGGGCACACCAGAAUUCGCCCAGCUCUGCCCCCGCGGGCCCGGCUACUCUCACCGCGGUGACAUCAUCAAUGGCAAACCCUUCCUCAAAGAUAUUAAUGAGUGUAAGAUGAUUCACACUCUCUGCACUAAUGGAAGAUGCCGGAACACUGUGGGCAGUUUCAGGUGCCACUGUGAUAACGGAUUUGCCCUGGACAACUAUGAGAGGAAUUGCACAGACAUUGAUGAAUGCCGGAUUAUGCCGGAAGUCUGCGGCCAAGGCACCUGUGUGAACACGCCAGGAGACUUCAAGUGCGACUGCUUCGAGGGCUACGAGAGCGGCUUCAUGAUGAUGAAGAACUGCAUGGACAUCGAUGAGUGUGAGAGAAACCCUCUGCUGUGUCGGGGUGGGGACUGUAUGAACACAGAGGGCAGCUUCCAGUGCACCUGUCCCAAUGGGCAUGAGAUUGCUGUGGAUGGGUCUGCCUGUCUGGACAUUAAUGAGUGCGAGCUGAGCAAUACGCUGUGCAGGAAUGGGCAGUGUGUGAACCUGAUUGGAGGCUACCAGUGCUCCUGUGACACUGGAUACAAACCUACAGAGGAUCACCUCUCCUGUGUUGAUAUCGAUGAAUGCACCAUCCAGAAUGGAGGUUGUGAUACCUUCUGCACAAACUCAGAGGGAAGCUAUGAGUGCAGCUGCCAAAGUGGCUAUGCCCUCAUGCCUGACCACAGGAGCUGCACAGAUAUUGAUGAGUGUGAGGAGAAUGCGGACAUCUGUGAUGGAGGCCAAUGCACCAACCUCCCGGGGGAAUACCAGUGCCUCUGCUUCGACGGCUUCAUGGCAGCCGAGGAUAUGAAGACGUGUCUUGACGUGGACGAGUGCGACUUAAACCAAAACAUCUGUCUGAAUGGGAACUGUGAGAACACCAAGGGCUCCUUCAUCUGCCACUGUGAUCUGGGCUACUCUGUCCGGAAGGGCUCUACGGGCUGCACAGACAUAAACGAGUGUGAGAUCGGGGCUCAUAACUGCCACAGGCACUCCUCCUGCACGAACACAGCUGGCAGCUUUAAGUGCAGCUGUGGAGUGGGCUGGAUUGGAGAUGGGAUCAAGUGUACAGACCUGGAUGAGUGCUCCAACGGCACCCACAUGUGCAACCACAACGCGGACUGCAAGAACACCAUGGGCUCGUACCGCUGCGUGUGCAGGGAGGGGUUCAGUGGAGAUGGCUUCUUCUGCAGCGACAGUGACGAGUGUGCGGAGAAUGUGAACCUGUGUGAGAGCGGCCACUGCCUGAACGUGCCCGGGGGCUACCGCUGCGAAUGUGACAUGGGCUUCAUCCCCACCGCCGACGGCAAGGCCUGCGACGACAUAGACGAAUGCACCUUUGCUGACAUCUGUGUCAAUGGCAGGUGCCAGAACAUUCCAGGGCUCUUCAGGUGCGAGUGCUAUGAAGGGUUUGAGCUGGACAGGAGCGGAGGAAACUGUACAGAUACCAACGAGUGCGCUGACCCAACCAUCUGCAUUAGCGGCAUAUGCGUCAACACUCCUGGCAGCUACCUCUGCAACUGCCCCCCGGACUUUGAGCUGAACCCCACCCGAGUCGGCUGUGUGGAUACUAGAUCAGGGAACUGCUACCUGGAUGUGCGUUCUCGCGGGGAUGCCUCUGAGAGCCUGGACUGUUCCAAUGAAAUCGGCGUGGGGGUGUCCAAGGCCUCGUGCUGCUGCUCCAUGGGACAGGGUUGGGGAAACCCGUGUGAGGCCUGCCCCCACCUCAACUCCUCUGCUUACAAGGUCCUGUGUCCCGGAGGAGAAGGGUUCAGACUCAACCCCAUUACUGUCAUUGUGGAAGAUAUAAAUGAAUGUCAGGAGCUACCGGGCCUGUGCCAGGGCGGGAAGUGCAUCAACACUUUCGGCAGCUUCUUCUGCGAGUGUCCUAAGGGCUACGCACUGAACGAGGAAACCCGCAUCUGUGAGGAUGUGAAUGAGUGCGAACGACCGGGAAUCUGUGGACCGGGCCAGUGCUACAACACCAUUGGAAACUACACCUGCAUUUGCCCCGCGGACUACAUGCAAGUCAAUGGAGGAAAUAACUGCUUGGACAUGCGGAGGAGUCUGUGCUACAGAAACUUUUACUCUGACAACAGCACCUGCGAUGGAGAGCUCGCCUACAACAUGACCAAGAAGAUGUGCUGCUGCUCCUACAACAUCGGCCGGGCCUGGAACCAUCCCUGCGAACAGUGUCCAAUUCCCAGCACCAAUGAGUUUACCAUCCUGUGUGGCAGUGAAAGAGUAGGAUAUUACAUCGACAUUUACACUGGACAGGUUAUAGACAUCGAUGAGUGCCGCGAGAUCCCCGGCGUUUGCCAGAACGGCGUGUGCAUCAACAUGAUAGGCAGCUUCCGCUGCGAGUGCCCCAUGGGCUUCGUCUAUGACGACAAGCUGCUUAUCUGUGAAGACAUUGACGAGUGCCAGAAUGGCCCGGUGUGCCAGCGAAACGCCGUUUGUGUCAAUCUGCCCGGGAGUCACCGCUGUGAAUGCAAGCCCGGCUACCGCUUCGCCCCCAAUGGCCAGUGUCUUGAUCGGAAUGAAUGUUUGGAGAUCCCGAACGUUUGCAACCCGGGGCAGUGUGUAGAUACCGUGGGGAGCUACCGCUGCAUCUGCCCCAAUGGAUACAAGCCGACGGCAGACUCCUCCAUGUGCAUCGAUGCGGAUGAGUGUGAGAGGCAGCCGUGUGGGAAUGGGACCUGUAAGAACACCGUGGGCUCGUACAGCUGUCUCUGUUACCCGGGUUUCCAGCUCUCCCACAACAACGACUGUAUCGACCUGGAUGAAUGCAACACACUGAGAGGUCUGUGCAGGAAUGGUGACUGCAUCAACACGCUGGGGUCCUUCAUCUGCUUUUGCCACGAUGGGUUUGAGCUCUCGUCCGACGGGCGGACCUGCGUGGAUGUUAAUGAGUGUCAGGUGAAUCCUGGAACCUGUGGCCCUGGAAAAUGUGACAACCUGGAUGGCUCCUACAGGUGCAUUUGCCCACCUGGGUUCUUCCUGGAAGAUGAGACUUGUAAAGAUGUGGACGAGUGCAGACAGACGCCAGAUUUGUGUACGUUUGGCACCUGCAUCAACACGGAGGGCAGCUUCAAGUGCGUGUGUCCCCCAGGCUUCCAGCUCACCUCCACAGGGAGUAGGUGUAACGAUGUCCGGGUGAACUACUGCUUCUCCAAGUUUGAGACUGGAGUUUGCCAGUCCCCCCAGCCCAUCAACACCACCAAGGCAUUGUGCUGCUGCAGCGUAAUGCCGGGACAAGGAUGGGGCGACCCCUGCGAAAUCUGCCCCACUGCGGAGGACGAGGCUUACAGUUUGCUCUGCUCUGGGACCGGCCAUUUCACCAGGCCAGACGGUGAAACUGUAGAUAUAGACGAGUGUGCAGACAAUCCUGGCAUCUGCAGGAACGGGCAGUGCAUUAACACGGACGGCUCCUUCCGCUGUGAGUGCUCCUUCGGAUUCCGGCUCGACUUCACCGGGAUCAACUGUGAAGAUACGAAUGAGUGUGAGCUGGGCAACCCGUGUGGCAACGGGACAUGCACCAAUGUGGUCGGAGCGUUCGAGUGCACGUGUGACGAGGGCUACGAGCCUGGGCCGAUGAUGACCUGUGAAGAUGUGAAUGAGUGUUCCCAGAAUCCUUUGCUCUGUGCGUUUCGCUGUGUCAACACGGAGGGGUCCUAUGAGUGUAAAUGCCCCACUGGCUAUGUCCUACGCGAGGACGGCAGAAUGUGCAAAGACCAGGAUGAGUGUGAGGAAGGUGUCCAUGACUGUGAGUCCAAGGGAAUGACCUGUAAGAAUCUGAUCGGCACGUACAUGUGCAUCUGCUCCCCGGGAUAUAUCCCACAGCCCAGCAGAGAGCGGUGUAUGGAUUUGAACGAAUGCGCAGUCAAGCCGGGUAUCUGUGUGAACGGUCGCUGUGAGAACACCGUCGGCAGCUACCGAUGCAAGUGUAACGACGGCUUCAGUGCCAACCCCACUCAGACCGAAUGCAUCGAUAACAGAGAAGGCCUCUGCUUCAUGGAAGUGCUCCAAACCCUGUGCCAGACGUCCUUUAGCAGCAGGAACAGUGUCACCAAGUCAGAGUGCUGCUGCGACGGCGGGCGGGGCUGGGGGCCCUCCUGUGAGCUCUGCCCCCUGCGUGGCACUACGGCCUACAAGAAGUUGUGCCCGAUGGGCCCCGGCUACACCACUGACGGCAAAGACAUCAAUGAGUGUCGUGUCAUAGCCAACCUCUGCCGAAACGGCCAGUGUGUGAACUCUCUCGGCUCCUACAAUUGCAUCUGCAAGCCGGGGUACACCACAGACAUCACCGGGUCCACAUGUGUGGAUGUGGAUGAAUGUAUCCAGGCUCCAAAGCCCUGCAACUUCAUCUGUAAAAAUACUGAUGGGGGGUACCAGUGCUCCUGCCCCCGGGGUUACCUGCUGCAGGAGGACGGCAAGAGCUGCAAAGACGUGGACGAAUGCGCAACCAAACAGCAUAACUGCCAGUUCCUGUGUGUGAACACCAUUGGCAGCUUCACCUGUAAAUGCCCACCUGGGUUCACACAGCACCACACUACCUGCAUAGAUAAUAAUGAGUGCACCUCAGACCCGGGCAUUUGCGGGUCUAACGGGGUCUGCCAGAACAGCCCAGGCAGUUUCAGCUGCGAGUGCCAGCGAGGCUUUUCCAUGGAUCCCAGCAGACACAGCUGCACAGAUACGGAUGAGUGUGACGGUAACCAUCAGUGCCAGCACGGCUGUCAGAACAUGAUUGGCGGCUACCGAUGCAACUGCCCACAGGGCUACCUCCAGCAUUACCAGUGGAACCAGUGCGUGGAUGAGAACGAGUGCCAGGGCAGCCAGGUGUGCGGCGAUGCCGCCUGCCACAACACGCUGGGCAGCUUCCGCUGCAUCUGCCCCGCUGGCUUCAACUUCCAGCAACACGGCGUCGGCUGCCAGGACGUCAACGAGUGCUCCUCCCAAAACCCCUGCAGCCACGGCUGCUCCAACACCAACGGGGGCUACCUGUGUGGCUGCCCCCCCGGGUUCUACAGGGCCGGGCACGGUCACUGUGUCUCAGGGUUAGGUUUGGGAUCCCCAGAAGCUGAGCAGGGGGGUGCCGGGGAUGAUAACGCACUUUCCCCAGAAGCGUGCUACGAGUGCAAAAUCAACGGCUAUCCCAAGAAGGGCAGGAGCCGCCGCAGUACUAAUGGAACCAACGAGGAGCCGCACGUACAUUCUCAGAAUGAACCGGAGACCAUCAGCUUGGCGAGCGUCGACAUUGAUGACACCCUGCUGUUAAGUUUCAACAUCAGUGACCUGAACCACAAACAGCACCUGCUGGAGUUCAUCCCAGCUCUCUCCGCUCUCACCGACCACGUCUUGUACGUCUUAGAACAUGGGAACGACGAGGGCCUCUUCAAAAUCAACCAGAGGGACGGAAUCAGCUACCUCCACCUGACCAAGAAGAAAGUGCGUCCCGGAGCGUAUUAUUUACAGAUCGGCAGUGUGCCUCUGUACAGGAAGGAGGAGCUAGCUCGACUGGAGGAGGAGAACACCAAAGACUACCUCACAGGACAGCUGGGAGACGCACUGAAAAUGAAAGUGCAGAUCGUCCUCCAUUAACUCUUCAUGAGAGGAUGAAAUUAAAAGGCUUGUAUCCAAAGAGAUAUGGGUGAAGAGAGGGACGGGCAGUGUCUGUGGGGGGAGGGGAGGGGGGGGGGGGUCUCUUAUUCUAGUCUGUCUCUGCUAUUCAGCAAGGCCGGUGGGUCUCAGUCAGAAGUAAGUGUGCAACUGGAGGGGGGUGGGGGAUAAAAUUUCCUAAACCAUCCGCUCUCAGGCCUUAUGUGAAAGGCUGUAGCAGUGUGAAAAAUCUUGAUGCGUAGCCUGGAUGACAUGGUAGCAUUGAUCCUGAGUUUUCACCGCCUGACACAAGCUGAAGUCUGUUUGGACAUUAAGGAAUUUUUUCUGAACAACUUUGUUCUCCAUCUUUCAAACUUAAAUACAUCUGCUUUUUUAUCAUACAGUAUUAAUUGGUGCUAGCAACAACUUACUUGUUUUUUUGUUAAUCCAGUACUGAUAUAUUUACAAAAUACAGUGGCCAAAACAGCAACCUCUCAUGAAGAAUUCAAGUUAUCACUGCAACCAAACAAAUUUAGCUCAACGACCUCUCCAUGCUGUUUCCUCUGUACUACGUGCGAUUUUGUGUGUUUAUACUGUAAUCAUGCCACUUUUUUAAAUAAUGGAAGCAUUUUUUUAAUAAGAUGAAAACAAACCCUACAUGAAAGGGUUUUUGUAAUGGUGCUUAUAAUGAUAAAAUUCUUCUGUGUAGUUGCGUAUGUCGUUCUGAUGUCUGUGACAGUAACCAUGUCCUGGAGUCGCGCACUCACAUGGUUGCAGUCAAUGCCAUCGUCCAGGGUGAGAGGCAUGAAACUAUCACUCGUUUCCAGUGUCUCCUCACACCAGUGAGGGGGCUUAAGUAACAGUAAUUUCACAAUAAAAACAGGUUCUCGGUGUAAAGGAGCUCCGUCA